UUUUUUUUUAUUUCACAAGUUGUAUAUUUCUAUAAUUAUUACAAAUAAUAAAUAGAUAAUAUUUUAUUAUAAUUCGAUAUAUAACAAUAAUAAUAAUAACAAUAACAAUAAUAUGAAUCUUGACAAGUCACUUUCAGCAUUAUCAAUUGAUAAAAAAGAAAAUGAAGAAAAUAACAGCAGUAAUAAAUCGACCAUGUCUACUGCAAGCCCAAGAAUGAUGCCGCCACGACCUAUGCCACCUAGAUUACAAGGUCGCUCAGUAUUACCACCCAUGAGUCGACCUAGUGGAUUACCACCCUUGUCAGGUCAUAGUAAUAGUAGUAUGAGUAGUAUAAAUAGCAAUCAUAGCAGUAGUAGUGGUAGUAGUAGCAGUGCUGGUGGACUACGGGGACCAUUAUCAGGUGGUUUGCGUGGUAGACAAGGUCCUCCUGGAAGAAUGGGAAAACCAGGCUUGAAUCUAUCCCAAUUGGGUCUUUCACCAAAGCCCGAACAAACACCUUUCGCCAACUUUUCAAAAUAUGUCGAUCCUUCUGGUAAAUUAAACUUUGCAGGAAAAGCUAUUAUUCAUGCCGAUGGUGUUGAUUUUAGUAAUGGUAGUAGUUUUGCUAUCAAAAUGGACGAUCUUAUUUUACAAGAAGAACUUGGUAAAGGACAAUAUGGCACUGUACAAAAAGUAAAGCAUCGUGUGACGAAUGUUACAAUGGCAAUGAAGGAAAUUCGUUUAGAAUUAGAUGAGACAAAGUUACAUCAGAUUCUAAUGGAAUUAGACAUUUUACAUAAAAGUUCUGGAGAAUUUAUCGUUGAAUUUUAUGGUGCAUUCUUUAUUGAAUCAUGUGUAUAUUAUUGUAUGGAAUAUAUGGAUGCAGGAUCUCUUGAUAAAUUAUAUGGUAAAGGUGUACCCGAAGAUGUUUUGGCAAAAAUUGCCACUUCAAUGGUUAAAGGCUUAAAAUUCCUUAAAGAUGAGCUAUCAAUUAUUCAUAGAGAUGUAAAACCUACAAAUGUGCUUGCAAAUUUAAAAGGACAAGUGAAGCUAUGUGAUUUUGGUGUAUCAGGUCAAUUAGAAAAAUCAUUAGCCAAAACAAAUAUUGGCUGCCAAAGCUAUAUGGCUCCUGAACGUAUCAAGACAGCUAAUACUUACUCAGUUUCAUCUGAUGUUUGGUCAUUAGGUAUUUCACUUGUUGAAAUGGCAAUUGGGCAUUAUCCUUAUAAAUAUGAUAAUAUGUUUGCGCAAUUAAAGGCUAUUAUUGAUGAUGAGCCACCUUCAUUACCAGCUGAUCAUUUCUCACCUGAGGCGCGUGACUUUGUUGCCUCUUGUCUUCGAAAAGAUCCAGUGAAAAGACCUACUUAUGCUGAUUUAUUAGAACACCCAUUUAUUAAAAAAUAUGAGGAUAUUAAUGUUGAUAUGGCAAAAUGGGCAACUGAAGCAUAUGAAUCAAGAAAGCAAUAAAAGAGAAAAAAAAAAAAAAAAAAAAAAAAAAAAAAAA